AUGCAGAAUCUAUUCCAUCCGGGAGAUAAUCUGGAUGGGUUGCAACGUGUUGCCGAGCUGGGAAUCAAGGUUGAUCUGGUGUAUAUCGACCCGCCGUUCGCCACUAAUAACGAGUUUCUGAUUGACACUGACCGGGCCAAUUCGGUCAGUCGCUCCGGCCAGUUGGCUUACUCCGACACUACGGUGGGCGCCAAAUACCUCAAUGAGCUGAAAGCACGGUUGCAGGCCAUCAGUUUCGUAAUGAAUCCUACCGGGUCAGUGUAUGUUCAUAUUGACGUCAACAUGGAACACCAUGUGCGACUGUUGAUGGACCAGGUGUUUGGCCCGGAGAAUUUUCGGAACAGUAUUACGCGCAUCAAAUGCAACCCCAAGAAUUUUGCGCGUUACUCAUACGGGAACAUCAGGGACACUAUACUUUUCUACUCGGUUUCGCCCUGGCAAAACACGUGGCAUCCGCAGCAGGUUCCGAUGUCCGACAGCGAAAUCGCCAGCCUGUACCCCCUCAUAGAUGAUGAAGUGUACCCGACGCAAAAGAACGCGGGGAUGCUGGAACGGAUUAUCCUCACCUCGUCCAACCCCGCCGAUACCGUUCUGGAUUGCUACGCCGGCAACGGCACAACCCUCAUCCAGGCGGCGCAACUCGGCCGCAGAUUCAUAGGGAUGGACAACUCCCCAGCAGCGCGCGCAGUAAUCCAGCGUCAGAUGGCCGACUACGGGAUAGAAUAUGACGCGCUGAUUGACUUGGAUCAACACGUUGAUAUCGGGGUCGGUGGCGGCGCGGGAGCGGCAUUCACCUUCGCCCUGAACCGAUGGCAGGCGUCCCGGUUGCGAACCGAGCGGGAUAACGAGAUUAUUGCCCUGAUUGCGAGCUACCGGUCAGAGGCCGAUGAAGAAACGAGGGCGAAGCGAGCCGAAGGCAAUGCAGUCCUGAAACAGGUUUCGGAAUUCGCUUACGACCAAAUGCGACGAAGUACCGCCAGGGAAACGCUCACAACAAUCGGCACCAUACUCGCCGAGGCCGACCGUCACUGGUACUCGGCUUUCCCGGCCCUGGCUCGCUGUCCCGAUUUUAACGGAGCCUGGGAUCUAUAUUUUGUGUUGCGCCGGAACUUGUCAAGCGCUGCCCACGAACUGCGGAAGUUUCACCGAUUACUUGACGAAUUGGAAUAUGUGGCCGUCGCCAAUCCCGAGCGAGACUUUGGCUCUAUGCAAAAAGAAGGCACGCAGCAACGGUCAUCGACAGACUCCGCUGUAAUCGCUUUUCGACCGCUCCAGGCGGCAAUCCAACGCAGAGAUGAAUCGAGCAAUGAGAUUCCAUCGUUGCAGACCAUGGCCUACGGCGGUACGGGUACUGACACGGAUUUGCAGGACAAAUUGGCAAAAUUCUGGCAUCUGUUUAAUAUCGCCACGAUAGAUAUGCGCCAGGCAUACCUCUUGCUAUAUCAGGUUAACAGCAAGGAGUCGUUUGACAUCGACCGGGACAUCGCAGAGUGCAAAACUACCCUGGGCGCCUGUCUUGAACGCGUCCGCAAUUGUCUGCGAAUUUUUGGCUUGCUGGACGCUAGUACUGAACUCACCGAAGGUAACACGUCCAUUAGCUCCGAAGAUUUAACCUUGUUGGUUGACUACGCCAAGAGGAUCGAACGGGGCCAUAUCACAGGUAACGAAUACGCCAGGCUGCUGCCAGCUAACUUCGGCGUAAUGAUCCGGGAUCUGGAUACAGCGUUUCAGGCCCUCGGUGGGCCGAUCCAACACUGA